CCCCCCCCACAACAUGCUUCUCAUCCCAGCGGCUGCUCUGUGCUGCCUGUGUUCAGCACUGGUUGCCACAGCAGCAGAGCUGACUCAGGACCAGUUGUCUUUGACCGCGACAAUUGGUGGAGAGGCCUCGUUCAGCUGUGGAGGAACUGAUCAGAGUUACUACAUAUUCUGGUUUCAGAAGAAAGACACAGGAACGUUCAAACAGAUUCUUGUUCUUAUUAGAGGUAAUGUUUAUAAUGAGUUCAAUCAUCCUCAGAAAGACGACUUCACAGCUAAGAGACAACAGAACAGCUGUGAGUUGAAGAUAAAGAAAGUUAAACCCUCUCAUGCAGCCACGUACUACUGCGCCUGUUCGGACUAUGACGAACCCACAUUGAUCUUCGGCUCAGGAACCAAAUUGUUCGCCACUGAUCGGCCGGUGGUGACUCCGGUGGUGAGCGUGUACCCGGCAGCUUCCAUAGCCGCCCUGGACGGGAAGAGCUCCCUGCUGUGUGUGGCCUCCAACAUGGAUCCUCCUCUGGUCCAGUUCUCCUGGACGAGACAGAGGGAGGGUGGUCCUCUGGAGACGCUGUCCUCUGCUCAUGGAGAGCAGCUGGAGCUCAGAGGGGAAGGACGCACCGCCGCCAUCAUGGUGGUCGACCGGCACGUUUCCUACACAUACAACUACCACUGCCACGUCAGGCAUGAGGGAGGCGCAGUGGAGGCCCCGGCAGAGCAAGAGGUUUCUGCAGCUCAUGCACAGACGCCUCUGGCGGCCUGGGCCCGGUCUCAGCGGCAGGUGAAGCUGCUCUGGCUGCUCUACACGCUGCUGAUGGUGAAGAGUCUGGUUUACUGCGGUGGACUCGCUCUGAUCCACAUCCUGAGGAACAGGGAGCGUCCAGCCGCUGCUCACCAGACCACGGAGUUUCCUGCAGCAGCUUCAACUUCUCACUGACUCCUGUUCACUUCACUCUGCUUCUCUUUCACUGCAAACAUUCAUCUGAACUGUAACUUUGCAAAGUAUAAAAUAAAGAUUUUUAUUCUGAAGACAUUAAACAUAAAAAUAAAACACAUCUCAUCUCCUUUA